AUGGGGACCGCAACAGAAUCAUCGCGUCCGCCGAAGGAAGGUGAGGAGGAGGUGGCAGCCACCGAAAGUGGAUCAAUUUCGCCGGGGAUAGUGAAGAAGCUGGACGAGAAGAUCAUCAAACAUUCGCACGAUGCCGACGCAGCGAUGAAGGCCUUCGAGGGUAUGGAUGGACAGGUCUUUGAGUUAACCCCAGAGAAAAACAAGGCGCUGUUGAGGAAGAUUGAUUGGCACCUUAUGCCUAUCAUGUGUAUCAUCUAUGGACUGAAUUAUCUCGAUAAGACUACCUUGAGUUAUGCGAGUGUCAUGGGUCUUAGGCUGCCUCCGUCAGACAAUAAGCUUGCGUCUGGGAUCAACCUAAAGAGCGACGAGUACCAAUGGCUGGGUUCGCUCUUUUACUUUGGCUAUAUUGCAUGGGAAUACCCUACCACUCGAUUGCUCCAGAGACUUCCGCUUGGAAAGUAUUCCGCUUUCAAUGUCAUCAUGUGGGGACUCGUACUAUCGUGCUUCGCAGCUGUAGAGAACUACGCCGGCGCAAUCGCCAUCCGCUUCUUCCUCGGCGUCUUCGAGUCAGCAGUGACUCCAGGCUUUGCACUAUUCACAUCGCAAUGGUACACCAAGAGAGAGCAGGGCUCACGCACAGCCAUAUGGUUCAGCUUCAACGGCUGGGCGCAGAUCUUUGGCGGUUGCGUUGCAUACGGCAUUGCAGUCGGUUGUCGCAAGACUGGCACUGCAAUCGAACCGUGGAAGAUAAUUUUCCUUGUUACGGGACUCUUGACUACUUGCGUUGGGUUUGUAUUCCUCUGGAUAAUGCCAGACAACCAGCUCAACUGCCGCUGGCUAAGCAAAGAAGACCAAAUCCUUGCUAUCGAGCGUGUGAGGAUAAACCAACAAGGAAUCGGAAACAAGCAUUUCAAGUUGUAUCAGCUGAAGGAAGCUCUGCUCGACCCCUUGAGCUGGGCUUUCUUCUUCUAUGCACUGAUCGCUGAUAUACCGAAUGGCGGCAUAUCGAAUUUCUUUUCUCAGCUGAUUGUCGGCUUCGGCUAUACGCCCGAGCAAUCCCUCCUGUACGGUACACCCGGCGGCGCAGUCGAAGUCGUCUUCCUGCUUGCAUGCGGCUGGGCCGGUGAUCGCUACGGCUACCGCAUCCUCAUAUCGAUGAUUGGGCUGUGCACAGCAAUGAUUGGCAUGAUAUUGAUUGUCGCCCUGCCGCUUAGCAACAACUCUGGUCGUCUCGCUGGCUACUACUUGACGCAGGCCAGUCCGACGUCUUUCGUUGCGCUGCUGAGUCUCAUCUCGAGUAAUGUCGCAGGAUAUACGAAGAAGACGACGGUUGCAGCGAUGUACUUGGUUGGGUAUUGUGUGGGUAACAUCAUCGGCCCUCAAACGUUCCGUCCCAGCGAUGCUCCACGCUACGUACCGGCCGAAGUAACAAUCAUUGCCUGCUGGGGUGUUUGUCUUGGGAUUCUCGCUUUCAUCCACUUCUACUGCGUCUGGCAGAACAAGAAGAAAGCUCAGAUUUGCUCAGCACCGGGCUAUGUGCGGCUGGAAAACCAGGAGUGGCUUGACUUGACCGACAGGGAGAAUCCCGAGUUUGCCUACACGUUGUAG